CCAGGAGUGAACACCCCUCAACACACAGCGCUCUGUCCCCCUCCUGGGGACAACUUGGGGGGGGGCACCCUGGGUCUGGUGUCCCCCCAGAAGUUGGAACUAGAUGAGCUUUAAGCUCCCUUCCAACCCAAACCAGUGGGUGGCUCUAUGAAAGGACCCUGCCUGGACGUGGGGUGACAGCAUGGGCACACAGUGGGCCGUGGUGUGGGUGGUGGGCACUGAGGGGCUGCCCUUGUUCUCCACCAGCAUGAUGGGGGAACAGCCCCCCAACUCCAGCGAGAGCCAUCGAAGCUGGUUGGUGGCCAAGAACAGCAGCAGCAGCUCCUUGGACUUGGAGUCUGUGGUGCAACCCCUUGCCUUGAACCCGUGGGAUGUUGUCCUCUGCAUCUCCGGGACCAUCAUCUCCUGUGAGAACGCCAUUGUGGUGGUGGUGAUCUUCUACAGCCCAGCUUUCCGGGCUCCCAUGUUCCUCCUCAUCGGCAGCUUGGCCACAGCGGACCUUCUGGCUGGGUUGGGUUUGAUCCUGCACUUUGCCUUUGUCUACUUCAUCCCAUCGGAGGUGAUCAGCCUGCUCACCAUGGGGCUCCUGGUCACCUCCUUCAUUGCCAGCGUCAGUAGCUUGCUGGCCAUCACCAUCGACCGCUACCUGUCCCUCUACAAUGCCCUGACCUACUACUCGGAGAGGACAGUGACCAGGACUUACCUCAUGUUGAUCCUCACCUGGGGAGCCUCCAUUUGCUAUGGGCUCCUGCCCAUCAUGGGCUGGAACUGCCUGAAGGAGCCCUCUGCCUGCAGCAUCGUCAAGCCCUUGACGAAGAACCACCUCAUCAUCCUCUCGGUCUCCUUCUUCAUGGUGUUUGCGGUGAUGCUGCAGCUCUACAUGCAGAUCUGUAGGCUCAUCCGCCACCAUGCCCACCAGAUUGCUGUCCAGAGACACUUCCUGGCCACUUCCCACUAUGUCACCACCCGGAAGGGCAUUGCCACCUUGGCCAUCAUCCUGGGCACUUUCGCCUCGUGCUGGCUGCCCUUUGCCAUCUACUGCCUGCUGGGGGAUCACAGCUACCCUGCCCUCUACACCUAUGCCACCCUCCUCCCCGCCACCUACAACUCCAUGAUCAACCCCAUCAUCUACGCCUUCAGGAACCAGGAGAUCCAGAGAGUGCUGUGGGCCGUGUGCUGCGGGUGCUUGUCCUCCACCGUGCCCUUCCGCUCCUGCUCCCCCAGUGACGUCUGACACAGCCCGGCCCUGUCAGCCCCCUUCUCACCCCCUUGGAAUCAGGCAGCUCUUCACAACCCCGUCCUUUUGGGCUUCUCCUCUCCGAUUUCCCCACUUUUUGAGGUGACCAGAGAGAAAAGCAUAUUUUCUAGCCAUGAUAUAUAUAUGGAGUGGGGGAAUCCUCAUAGUUGCUUUACAUCUGUUGAUGAUGCUUUAUUUUUCUAAGGGGGGAUGCUCAUUCACCUCUUGUUUUACAGCCUCGUUUUCUACAUCAGAGAAUGAAUCUAUUUUGUACAUAU